AUGUCGCUCCCUUCCAACGUGCACGUCUCCCAGCACCCCUGUCUGCGGGCGAAGCUCUCCCAGCUGCGAUCCAAGUCGACCGCCGCGAAGGACGUGAAGACGCUCGUCCACGAGAUCGGUCUGAUUGUGGCGACGGAAGCACUCGCUGCUUCCACCAAGGCGACAGAUGGCCCCAAGGAUGCGACACCGCUAGGCUUCGAGUUCACCUCGACCGAAAUCUCCCCCUCCCGCCUCUGCCUCGUUCCAAUUCUCCGCUCAGGUCUCGGCAUGGUCGAAGCCGUCCAGACGAUCCUCCCAGGCCCCGUCCCCGUCCACCACCUCGGCCUCUACCGCGAGCCCUCCACCCUCGAGCCCGUCGAGUACUACAACAACCUGCCCAACCACAUCUCCGCCGACGGCUCCAACCCGGACGUCAGCUCGCUCGCCAUCAUCCUCGACCCCGUCAUCGCCACCGGCGGCACCUGCGCCGCCGCCAUCCAGACGCUGCGCGAGUGGGGCGUCCAGCGCAUCAUCGUCAUGUCCGUCAUUGGCGCCACGGAGGGUGUGAAGCGCGCCGCGGGCGAGUGGGCCGACGCCACUGAGAUCUGGAUCGCCGGAGUUGAUGAGGAGCUGACGCCCAACGGCAUGCUGAAGCCCGGCGUGGGCGAUGUGGGUGACCGCUUGUUCUUGACCAUCGGGAAGUAA